CUCCUCGGGGAGUUGGGCUAGGAGGUUGGGCCAGGCCGGGCGCACGGGUUGGUGCCUGGGCGGGAGCCGACGCCGCACAAACCUCCCCCCCGGGGAUGGUCAGACCCUCGGCCACGCGAGCCUGCAAGUCCUACCGCUCAUCGCUGAGUUGUCUGAUUAAGAAGGGACAAACGAUUGUUUUCAAUGUUACAGUGUGUUUCUAAUGUUUGUUGGGUAAUUGCUUCCUUGUACAUUAUAUGAACUUCCCUUACCCUCAGGUCUUUGAUGAGCACCAACCAUACUGCCGUGUCCACGGUCUUCUGAAAUUUCACUCACCCAGCCUAAACUGUACCACUCUGUCUUGCCCACUUAAGUACAUGGCAUUGUCUUUCCGUUGCUUAAUAUGAAAAUCUAAGGAGGAAUCGUUCAAGUAUCCUUCUCUUUCUUACAUGGCCAAUUUUCUAUAAACCCUAAUGGCUGCAUGUUUAAAGCAAAUCCAUAAUCAGAUCUCACUACUCCUUUGCAUAAAAUUCUCCACGGCCUUUGCAUUCCAAACUCCCAAUCGUGGCCAGGAGGGUUCUGCUCCACUCUGCUCCACUCACUCUCUGCAGGUACUUAACUGAAAAGUCUCUGCCUCACUGCUGCAACCAAACCAGAUGCCUUCUUCUACUUCAUCAGACCAAGGAGAUGAUCAGGAGCCUUGUAUUUUAAGAUUUUCUGACUUGGAUUUAAAAGAUACAAAUCUUACUAAUCCUAGCAUCGAUCUCAAAGCAGAGUUAGAUGGUAUUAUGAAGAAGAAAUACUCAUUUGCAAAGAAAAAGGCCUUUGCCCUUUUCGUCAAAACCAAGCAAGUUCUAGCCCCUCCUUUUGAAUGUAAAGAAGAAUGGUGGAAAUGCUGUCAGCAACUAUUCACAGACCCAGUCGGCAUCCAUAGACAUGUGUCAACACAACAUGCUGAUGAAAUUUAUCACCAGACCGCUUCUAUUUUAAAGCAGAUGGCUGUGACAUUGAGUACCUCAAAGAGUCUUAGGCCUGCAGAUGGAAAGAACCCUCUGCAAGUGUACUUCACUCAUAGCCAUGAAGGGUCUGCCUGGCUCCCUGAUAUAAGCUGCUUUAGUCCUGAUCUGCUAAUAAGCGGCCAUGAUUGUGAAGAAGGAGAGGUGCUGCUUUAUUACUGCUACCUUGACCUGGAGGAUCCGCAUUGGGUCUGUGCCUGGCAGACAGCUCUAUGUCAGCACCUGCACCUCACAGGCAAGGUUCGAAUUGCUACUGAAGGGAUCAAUGGGACAGUUGGUGGGAGCAAAUUGGCCACCAGACUCUAUAUGGAAGUCAUGCUUUCUUGUCCGUUAUUUAAGGAUUAUCUGUGUAAAGAUGAUUUUAAGACCAGCAAAGGAGGAGCUCACUGUUUUCCAGAAUUACGUGUUGGUGUAUUUGAAGAAAUCGUGCCCAUGGGGAUCAGCCCCAGCAAGAUCUCCUACAAGAAGUCUGGAAUUCACUUAUCCCCAGGUGAAUUUCAUAAAGAAGUAGAAAAGUUGUUAUCUCAGGCAAGUCAUGAACAAAGCGAUACUAUCUUACUGGAUUGCAGAAACUUCUACGAAAGCAAAAUAGGACGAUUCCAGGGAUGCUUAGCCCCAGACAUCAGGAAAUUCAGUUACUUCCCUAGCUAUGUUGACAAAAAUCUAGAGCUUUUCAGAGAAAAGAGAGUGCUGAUGUACUGCACUGGGGGCAUCCGUUGUGAACGCGGUUCAGCCUACCUCAAAGCCAAGGGAGUGUGUAAGGAAGUGUUCCAGCUCAAGGGUGGUAUCCACAAGUACUUGGAAAAAUUUCCUGAUGGCUUUUACAAGGGGAAGUUGUUUGUUUUUGACGAGCGAUAUGCCCUGUCCUACAACAGUGACGUGGUAUCAGCAUGUUCAUACUGUGGAACCCAGUGGGACCAGUAUAAACUCUGCUCCACUCCCCAGUGUCGCCAGCUCGUUUUGACCUGCCCUGCCUGUCAAGGACAAGGAUCCACAGCCUGUUGUGUCACAUGCCAAGACAAAGGAAUCAAGCGGGCUUCAGGACCUACCCAGGACAGCUUUAAAGAGGAAUGUGAGUGCACAGCCCGGCGGCCACGCAUCCCAAGGGAACUCUCACAGCAUGCACAAAUCCCUGUAAACCUAGAACCAGGGCCCACUGUUGGUGAGGAUGGGCCUUUGCUUGUAUGAGUGGCAUAGUCAGUAUUCCCCAAGCCUUCAUAAAGAUUUGGGGCAGCUAUGCAUAGGAAAACGUCACGGUCAGAGAAACAGAAAUUGAGAGCUUCGGUGCUGGUCAGUACCAUCACGGCAGACUGGUCACCGUGUCGGCCACCUGUGCAUCACUGCAUGGGAGAGGAAGCUGAAGAUGCUAGAGGGAAAAGGGCAGGCUGCACGGGAUCCCAAAGCUGUUGAGGGAUAGAGUCUUGAGCCUGGUGACUGUGUCAUGCCUGUUUCCUGCCAUGCAGUAGUGGUGUUAAUAGUCCUUGUCCUUCUUAGUAGACCUAUCUGUCCUGCUGGCAAAAGUGUAAAAGCUCUAGUUCUGCAAGUAAGCUGCUAACCCAAGUCAGUUAGGUCAUCUGCUAUCUUCCUCUGACCCCUGACCUGACAGGCUCUGUAAACUGGCAUUUGACCCUCUUCUUGCUUCUUCAAAAUUUCUUGGAAAAGCCUCACCCGUUCCUUUACCUGUGAUCUAUGACACAAUUGAGUACUUGGAGCAAAGAACAUAUGACCCACAUAGUCUAAAAUAUUUUUAAUCUGACCCUUCCCAAAAGAAGUUUGCCAACCCUGGGUCUAGACCCAUAGUUCAUCUGAUGGGGACAGCCUUAAAGAUAUGAUCCGCCUUAUUUUUUAUUGAUUUUGUUUCUGUGAGACAUUUCCUCCUAGGAGCCUUGCUUCCCCCAGUAUGUACUCUCUUAGCUUUCAUGUGUUGUCUCUGAGACAUUCAGAUAAGCUCCAGGCACUGGCAUUUGAGCAGCAAUUUUUUUAGAUCAGCACCUGGGGCACAAGACACUGCUUUUUUUUUUUUUUUUUUUUUUUUUUUUUUUUU